CAGGGAAUCAAGAAGAAGCUCUGUAGAUGGCAGCUGGUCUCUCCAUCUUGUAAUUGCUGGAGCCUUCCUCUACUAUGCUCAAUCUCAUCAAGCUACCUCAAGUGUUCACCAUCAACCAAGUUCCAAAAGUCUUCCAUGAGGAUGGCAUCAUUUCAGGGUAUCGCCACCCAUGCAGCUCUGCCAAGGAGUGUGUGCUUAGUCUUUUCCAACUAACAAAUGAAACACUCAAUAUUUGGACUCAUUUUCUGCCUACAUGGUUUUUCUUAUGGAAACUGCUGACGGUAGUGCUGGUGCAGAAUGACUGGCAGGAUUCGUAUACCUGGCCCUUGCUGGUGUUCCUGCUGUCAUGUUGUGUGUACCCACUCGCUUCCAGCUGUGCUCAUACCUUCAGUACCAUGUCAGAACGGGCCAGGCACAUCUGCUUCUUCUUUGAUUAUGGAGCACUCAGCUUCUACAGCCUUGGUUCUGCCAUCACCUACUCUUCUUACUCAUUUCCAGAUAAAUGGGUUAAUAGCACAUUUCAUGAAUAUUAUGUUCCUAUAGCUGUUGUCAACUCUGUGAUCUCUACUGCACUGGCCUGCUACUCAAGACUUGGUCUACCAUUUUUUCAGUAUAAUUAUCACAGCAUUAAAAGGUAUUCUGGGGGAAAAGAUCAGAAGCGCUGUAAACGUCUAAGGAUAAUCGCCUUCCUUUAUCCAUAUCUCUUCGACAACAUCCCUCUCUUUUAUAGAAUCUUUGUGUGUGCUGGUGAGGGUUGCACUGUUAAUGAGGCCAACACGGUUCACUAUCAGCACACGUCAUUGGCUCUCUUCACUGGCUUUCUUUUUGCCACACACCUGCCUGAACGGUUGGCUCCUGGUAGUUUUGACUACAUAGGUCACAGUCAUCAGCUCUUCCACGUGUUCGCUAUUAUUGGCACGUAUUUCCAGAUGACUGCUAAUGAACUGGACAUGGCUGCACGGAAGCAGUGGCUUCAUGCUCAUUUGCCACCGAUCACCCUUUCAAACACUGCGGGAGCUGCAAUCUUUAGUGUGGUCAGCGGGCUUUGUAUAAUAUAUGUUUUUAGUCUGGCACUUUUCUCCACCAGAGGUGUGAAGAAGUUAGUUUGAAAUGUGACAUUUGAUAAGGUUACUCCGGGCAGCCAUGUUAGUUUCCCUAAAACUGAGUAAAAUAUAUUUAUAUAUUGUCUGACUGUUCAAAAAAAGCAAUGUAAUGAACAGCCUGAGAAGAUUU